AUGUCCCUAGAUUUCAACGCCCUGGCCCAACAGUUUACCGAAUUUUACUACAACCAAUUCGACUCCGAUAGGAGCCAAUUGGGUAAUCUCUACAGAAACGAGUCCAUGUUGACUUUCGAGACGAGUCAAUUGCAAGGUGCUAAGGACAUCGUUGAGAAGCUUGUUUCUUUGCCUUUUGCAAGAGUCCAGCACAGAAUCACUACACUUGAUGCUCAACCUGCAUCUCCAAGUGGUGAUGUGCUAGUCAUGAUCACCGGUGAUCUACUGAUCGAUGAAGAGCAAAACCCUCAACGUUUCUCCCAGGUGUUCCACUUGAUCCCAGAGGGAAGCUCUUACUAUGUCUUUAAUGACAUCUUCCGUUUGAACUAUUCCGCUUGA